AGCUUCAGUUCUUGUUCUACAUUAAGCUCAUCAGAUCCUUUCAAGAUCAUUGCCUACUUUCAUCUCAAAGUAAGACCAUGGGUUUUCGUUUUCCCUCAAUCAUUCAAGCCAAACAGAUUCUCAAGCUGCACUUUCUUCUUUCUAGAGGCCAAUCAUCUAUAUCAGCAACAGCAGCGGAGGUGCCAAAAGGCCACUUUGCAGUUUAUGUUGGAGAAGCUGAAAAAAAGCGAUAUGUGGUCCCAAUAUCUUAUUUGAACAAUCCUUCAUUCCAGAAAUUGUUGAGUCAUGCUGAGGAAGAAUUUGGAUUCAAUCAUCCAAUGGGUGGUGUCACAAUCCCAUGCAAGGAAGAUGCUUUCAUCAAUCUCACUUCUCGAUUCAAUUCAUCAUGAGGUGGAAUAGCAAAGGGUUCUGUCCCUUUCAGCCUAUUAUUCAAAUUUUGACCCAUGUAAAUUUUUUGUUCAUGUACAUAAAUUGGCAGAGUGAUAAAGAGCUUUCCUUCAAUCAAAAGAUCAAUAUACCUUCUCUUCUCC